AUGCACAAGAUCUUUGACUAUCCCUGCCACCCAGCCCAGCAUAACCUCGCGGAAAAUAUAUACACGCAGACACUUCUCUGUCGGCAGAACUCAAUAGCCAUCAACACGGAUGGUUCCAAAACAAAGGAUGGCACUGGAUGCGGCUUAUGCACAAUGAUCGAUGGAGAAAUCAAAUACCGCUGGAAACGUAGACUCAAUCCGAACAACACAGUCUACCAAGCUGAAUUGUUAGCAUUUAAAAAAGCAAUCGAUCUCUCAUAUGGUCACCAAGAAACUGUCUAUAUCUAUAGUGACUCACUGUCGAGCAUAGCCGCCAUAGAAGGACCAGCCAGCCGAGACCCCUUCGUACUCAACAUACAAAGGGCAUUAGUCAACCUCCCACUCAAUUAUCGUCCCAUCAUUAGCUGGGUACCAGCGCACACAGGUGUAGUCGGCAACGAGCUGGCGGAUGAACAGGCAAAACAAGCGGCUUCGGGUAUCUUCCUGCCAGAACAUGCUCUACCUCUGCCUUCCUCUUAUCUCAAAAAGAUUACACGCGGCGACCUUUACGCAGAAUGGCAGCAGAGAUGGGAUACUUCCCGGACAGGUCGAAGGACGUAUAAAUUUAUCCCAAAAGUUACAGACCUUGUCUUCUCCAACUCAUCUUCAUUGACUACGUUCCUCUCUGGGCACGGCCCGUUUCCUGAUUACCUACACAGAUUUGGACUUAGAGAGACUGUGAUCUCUGUGAAUGUGGACUAA